AAAAGAGAGCUAAUGGCGCGAAUCCUAAGAUAUGAUAGAAAUGUCGAUUUAAAGCGCAAUCUCUCCCCUCUCCAUACCUGUGUAUGGUCGUUGUAAACAAACAACCGAGACCCUAGCAGUAGUCAGGAGAAUAUCCCCGAUAAGGAAAAACCAACAUGGGCGAAUCCGGAGACGUGGCGAGAUAUCAACAAUAUUUCAACCAUUUUGCUGUUGAUGGUCUACUGAACAAGGAUGGUUUUCGGUCCGUCUUGCAGUGUUUGGAGAUGGAUCCGCCCCAGUGUAUCGUGGACGAGAUGUUUGCCGAACAUGACAAAGAUGAGAAUUCACAGCUAAACCAGGACGAAUUUUACGAAUGGAUCAAAGACCGGGUGAAAUCUAAGAAUGAGAUGAGGGACUCCCUAAUGCAGAGUUUGGAUAUAUUAUUCCCUGAAUCUGUGAAAGUGAAAAUCGACGACCUCCUGGAAAAGCUGUCUGAUCUUGGUGAACAAUUCGACGAGUCGGAAGCGUCAUACGCACGAAUGACGCUGGAAGAAUUCGACAGCAACAACGAUGGCUGCAUCGACAAAGCAGAGUUAAUGAAUUGUUUCUACUCCAAUGACGUACAAAAGCAUGACAAGGAAGAAACAGCAGAAACGGAUGGAAACCAAGCUACAGAAGAAACACAAGAAACGGUGGAUGAAUCUGGAAACCAAGCUACAGAAGAAACGGUGGAUGAAUCUGGAAACCAAGCCACAGAAGAAACGCAAGAAACUGUGGAUGAAUCUGGAAACCAAGCCACAGAAGAAACGCAAGAAACGGUGGAUGAAUCUGGAAACCAAGCUACAGAAGAAACGCAAGAAACGGUGGAUGAAUCUGGAAACCAAGCUACAGAAGAAACACAAGAAACGGCAGAUGAAUCUGGAAACCAAGCCACUGAAGAAACACAGGAAACGGCGGAUGAAUCUGGAAACCAAGCUACAGAAGAAACACAAGAAACGGUGGAUGAGUCUGGAAACCAAGCUACAGAAGAAACGCAAGAAACGGUGGAUGAAUCUGGAAACCAAGCUACAGAAGAAACACAAGAAACGGUGGAUGAAUCUGGAAACCAAGCUACAGAAGAAACACAAGAAACGGUGGAUGAAUCUGGAAACCAAGCUACAGAAGAAACACAAGAAACGGUGGAUGAAUCUGGAAACCAGGCAACUGAAGAAUCCCAACAGGAAACACAAGAUGGAAACCAAGCUACAGAAGAAACACAAGAAAAUUCUGGAAAUCAAGAAGGGGCAGAAUAAUAUUUUUUCUUCAGAGUUCUUUCCCUUGGGGAAGGAAAAUCAACCCAUCUCUAUACCGAAAGUGAAAUAUCAUAUACUGCACAAUGCUUCCAGGAAGAUGGAAAUAUUCAACCAUUCUGGAUCUGACAUUGGAAUUAGUGAUCUAUUACAACUUUAGUUCACAAUUUUAAUUUCUCCAAUAAUAAUGCAUGAGGAUUCAAAUUACAAUGAUAUUAUAUUUAUCUGGUAAAUGAAUGCAGUUCUAUGGGUGUUCGAAAGCAGCAUAAGACUUGUAUGUAUUACAUUACAUGUAUUGAUUUCAAAGAAGAGAAACUGUGCUAAAGUAGGACUAUAUUGGCAAUUAUAAGCAUCAGAGACGCUUACAGUCAUUACAGCUUCUAGCUACAGAAUCCUCGAAUAGUUAUAACUAAAUCCGUCCAAUCUAGUCUCUAUCUCCAUGGUGACUAUUUGUGAUAUUAGUUGUAGAAAACCUGGUAUAAUUAAACAGUGUCAUGUCCAUAAAUCUCUCCAAUAUGGAAUCAUGUGCUGAGAGUCUAUGAGAUACUAUAGAAGUACUCUGCUCUGAUUAAAUUUUUAUGUAUUCCAAAUGAUAUACAAUAUUGUGUUUCACAUGUAUGAAUGCAUUUUUUAAACAAGAGUAUAAAGGCAUUUUUUUUUUAUCUCUGCGAAAGAGAAAUAAUUCUGCACUUCAUGUACAAAUACAAAAUGGAUAUUCAUAACGAUUUUUAUUGGUUGUUGUAUAGAAAAUGUGACUAUUUUAUUCACUAAAAGUCAACAAAUGAUAACCUUUAAGGUGAAUCUAAACAUUUUUGAAGAAAAUAUAAUUGUUUCUAAAUAUAAAUUUAAGUUUUAUAUACAUACAUGUAUAUCUGUAUUGCACCAAUUUCACACACACACCCCCCCCUCCCUAUAUCAUGCAUGGUACAAUCUAAGUUUUUAUAAAAUUAACACAUGGUCGUCUUUUCAAACAGGAAAUGUUUUCAAACUGAUAGCAAGAUUGAAGAAUACAAAGAGAGAGGAAAAAAAAAUUCAGAAAAUGUUAUUUUUAAAUUAUUAUUUUUUUUACAAUAAUUUAGCAUUUUAUUGAUGUCUAUAUAUUUAUAAAUAUAAUGUAGAGAAUAACUUACACAGAUUUGAGUUCAGGUUGAUUCUUCUUACUAUAUUUGUUUGUAAUACUAUAACUUGCUCAAGUGUUUUUAUCUUAUAAUCUAUUGAUAGCUUAUGUUGAAUAGAACAGAUGAUUUCUGCCCUGUUAAUCACAGUAGUGAUGUUCACCAUAUUAUAUUUAGUAGUAAAAUAAAAUAAUUUUUUCAAAUAUUAGUAGCAAUAAAGAAUGUUCAAAUUCAA